AUCGCAGCGAACAUGGCAGAUGUCAAUCUGUAACAAAAUAAAGAAUAAUUGAGGAUUUUUGAAAUAAUUUCGAUAAUCAGCAAUAUUUUUUAAAUAGCAACAAUGCACGACGCUUACGAAGAAAUGUCGGUGUUAAAUAUCACCGUGCAGAUCGAGUCUAUGGCUGCUUACGAUGACAACCUAUUAAUAGGCACAAGAGAGGGUCACCUUCUUAUGUACAAUGUACCAUCAGUUUUUGAUGGUAGCUAUAAACUAGAGUUAUUACGACAUAGUAAGAAUUUCAACAAAAAACGGAUUAAUCAGAUAGAUGUAGUACCAGAGUACAAUUUAUUAAUCAUCCUGACAGAUAACAUUGUAUGCAUUCAUGACUUGAAUUCGCCAAACUUUCAACAAAUAUGUCAAUUACAAAAGACUAGAGGUGCCACCUUGUUUACCUUGGAUGUUCAGUCAACCCAGAGUCUGACAGGGGAAAAGAACACUGUGGUACGCUUGUGUGUUGCUGUCAAACGCAAAUUACAGCUAUAUUAUUGGAAGGGAAAGAAGUUUGAGGAAUUUAAAGACUUUGAGUUGACUGUACCAGAUAUACCACGGCAACUAUCAUGGUGUGGUGAAACAUUGAUAUUAGGGUUUCGUGGAUUGUCCUAUACUAUUUUUGAUUUAAAUGGCAAGGCUAAAGAACUUUUCCCCACUGGCAAAUCUCCAGAGCCAAGCAUCACAAAAUUAUCAGAUAGUUCGUUUGUACUGGGGAAAGAUUCUCAGUCGUUUAUUAUGGAUACAAAAGGAGAACUGGUUCAGCAUAAUCCUGUAAAAUGGUCUGACACACCUGGUGCAAUAACGUGGGACGAUCCUUAUCUGCUCGGUAUUGUGCAUGACAAAUUAGAGGUGUACACGUUGGAGGGAUGCCUACAUAUUCAAACGAUAAAAGACCUGAAUAAAGCUAGACUCAUAUUCCGAUGUAAACAAGGAAAGGUCUUUGUAGCAUCAAUCAGUCAGAUUUGGUGCAUCAAGUCAAUCGACGUUACUCUGCAAAUCAGGACUCUGCUGGAGCAAAAUCAAUUUCAGCUCGCGUUAAAAUUAACUAGUUUGUCAGACAUAACGGACGAGGAGAAAUCGAAACAGAUCUACAAGAUACAAACGUUAUACGCGCAUCAUCUGUUCUACAAUAAACGAUUUCAAGAAGCGAUGGACUUGUUUUUGAAACUGGGAACCGACCCGUACGAGGUAAUCAGGUUGUUCCCGGAUUUAGUUACACCAUCGACCAAUACACACGAACUUAACGAUCCGGCACCGAGCCUGCCAAAGUUGCAAGAUCACGAUUUGGAGAAGGGUUUACGCGCGUUGAUAGUUUUCCUUACUGAAGUCAGACAUAAGCUGAUGGCAAAAGACAAAGAACUUAAUAAGGAAAAGAACGGAUUAAACGGAGAGAAGAAUAUAACCGCCGUGGCUACAGAGCAGCUUCUGAAGAUUAUAGACACCACUUUGUUGAAGUGUUAUUUGCAGGUAAAAAAGACCACUGAUGCUUUAGUGGCGCCUCUGCUCAGACUAAAUCAUUGUCAUUUAGCGGAGGCUGAAAAAACGUUGUUGCUGCAUCAGAAAUAUCCAGAACUCAUUAUAUUGUACCAAACUAAAGGACAACACAAGAAGGCGCUGGAGCUGCUAGAGAAGCACGCGAAAGAAAAUGAUUCUAGUCUGAAAGGCACCGAGCGUACUAUACAGUAUUUGCAGCAUCUUGGCAAAGAUCACAUGGAACUGAUCCUAAAGUUUGCCGGGUGGGUUUUGGCAGAGGAUCCCGAGCAGGGCCUCAGGAUAUUCAUGGAGGAUAUACAGGAGGUUGAACAUUUACCUAGACCAAAGAUAUUGGAUUUCCUCCUGCGUUGUCACAAGGACUUGGUUAUACAAUAUCUCGAACAUGUGGUACACGUUUGGGAGGAUACCAAUCCGCUGUUUCACAAUGUUUUAAUACACCAGUAUAAAGAAAAAUGCCUGGCCUCUAUGGAUGCGAACGCGACGCCGGCGGAAAAAGAAGUAUCGCAACACAUUCGACAGAAGUUGCAACAAUUCCUGGAAAAGUCAGCGUAUUAUACACCGGAAACGAUACUGGUGCAUUUUCCGUUCGACAGUUUGUUCGAAGAACGUGCGAUCAUACUCGGGCGACUUGGUCGUCAUCAGCAAGCUAUAUCGAUAUACAUCAGUCUCUUAAACGACAUACCACGUGCAAUACAAUAUUGUCAUAAUGUAUAUACGAGGUACCAAAAUCAGAAUCGUGCAGACAGACAGAAGCAGACAGAUAAUGCCGAUGAAGUUUACGUCUUGUUAAUUCAACAAUUAUUGAAACCUGAUAAUGAAGGAGUUCUAAUGGCUGGUUGUCACACGGAAAGUCAAAGAACAGCACAGCCGGAUUUAGAGAUGGCCCUCCAAUUGCUAGAAGAAAACGCUUCCAAAAUAAAUCCCAUGAAAGCCUUGGAAGUAUUGCCGGAUUCUGUGCCUAUCGGUAGGAUAAGACGCUUCCUAGAGGUUAGCCUACAGAAUAACUUGAAUACAAGACGAAGAAUGCAGGUUCUCAAGGGGCUCCUUUAUGCGGAGCAUUUACAAGUACAAGAGCAACGGAUGCACUACGAAUCGCAAAACGUCCUUAUGACAGAAUUCAAUAUAUGCCCGGUUUGCAAAAAACGAUUUGGCAAUCAGAGCGCUUUUGCGAGAUACCCGAAUGGAGAUAUAGUGCAUUAUUCUUGUCAAGAUCGCAAAGGAUAAAAGGAUUAUUAUGAGGACAAUGCACAACCUCAUAAUUGUGUAAUAACAAUAAACAUCUCAUAUAUAUGAUAUUCGUCGGAAGCUGUACAUAUUAAAUAUAUAUGCAUUUUACAUACACAGAUAUUCCGCGAAUUCUUAUAUAUAUAUUACGCAAACUUCGAGAAUUUUCCCUCAAAGUUAAACUACUACUUCCUGCAAGGAGAGUUUCUAAGUUGACCAUCCAGUUUAUCUCUU